CCUGGCCUCGUCGUUUGUAGCGGUCGUGCCGUGCUUGUUCGGUUUCGUUAAACUAAUUGAAAUGGUGCUCUUUUAUUGGGGAACAUGAAGAAAUCCCGUGCCUAACUUUCCAUAUAGCACCUAUGUUACUUUUCGUUGUCCGGGGUCCGAUGUGCAAAGCUUGAACGGUGUGCUCGGCUGUUGUGGUGGGCGGUUUUCCUUUUUUGUUUGGAGUUCGAGGCAUAAUAGGAAUAGCAUUGUCGUUCAUGUGAUACACUCGAGUGCAAAGAUAGUUUUUCAUUCAGGAUUGCAUUGUUUUAUGCAGCAAUCAUUGCCGAGGGGUUUUCCUUGUCAGCGCUCGAAAUCAUUAGCAUCCGGUAAGAUCGCUUCUUUAGUGUAAGUCGUCGUUUUAACUCGUUCGCGAUAGCUAGUGAAGAAAAAAGAAAAAUUGCCUUAGUGUUGUGAAGCGGCCUGUUGCGAAGUGCGGAGGAGCAAAUAUUUUCGAGUGGCAGUGAUCUUGUCCCCUUUCGCUGGCGGUGUUUUGGGGUAAAGCGGUUCGUCUUUCGGAGGAGCAUUUUACGUUGUCCCCUCUUCCCAUGUAAGGUAGCAGUUGUUUUGCGAUGGAUACCUCGGCGAUUACCGUGCAGGCGCAGUAUUCUUUCAAAGGGUCCAACAAUGAUGAGUUGUGUUUCAAAAAGGGCGACAUCAUAACACUCACACAGCGCGAAGAGGGUGGCUGGUGGGAAGGGACCUUAGGGGACAAAACUGGCUGGUUCCCGAGCAAUUAUGUCAAGGAGUAUGCGGGUCCCCUUCCCCUUUCCGAAACAAUUCGUCCGCCCGAGGAAAUUCAAGCAUUCCGGUCGGUUGUCUUUCGUGAUCUACUCGAAAGCGAAAAGGCACAUGUUGCCGAACUGAGAGGAUUAGUGGAAAACUUUAUGGAGCCACUGGAAACCAGUCAGAUACUUACGGGAAGCGAGUAUGCGCAGCUGUUGUGCAACUUUUUGGAGGUCGUCGAAAUGCACGAAGAAUUCCUGCAAACGUUAGAAGAAUGCAACGAUCGCGUGGGAAAAGUGUUCCUAUCAAAGGCUCCUACGAUGAAGAAAAUACACCAAAUUUACUGCGCAGCACAUCCUCGGGCGAUCGUAAUAGUUGAUAAGUUUCGCGAAGAUCUAAAUGUGUUUAUGGAAAAACAAGGCGCAGCAAAGCCCGGUUUGCUGGUGCUUACCACGGGCCUUUCCAAGCCAUUCAGACGGUUGGACAAGUACGCUGCUAUACUGCAGGAGCUUGAACGUCACAUGGAAAGUGGCCACCCUGACAGGGGGGACACUCAGCGCAGCAUAGCGGUUUACAAGGACAUUGCUUCCUCCUGUUCGGCGACCCGGCGACAGAAGGAAUUGGAGCUCCAAAUCCUUACGGGGCCCGUACGAGGCUGGCAAGGCGCCGAGUUGAGCACCCUCGGUGAUAUCAUUCACAUGGGCAGCGUGGCCGUGGGCCCGGAACAUAAGGAUCGCUAUCUGGUGCUAUUUCCCCAAACCCUACUCAUUCUGAGCGUAAGUCAACGCAUGAGUGCAUUCAAGUACGAAGGAAAGCUGCCACUGACUGGAAUCACCGUUAACCGUCUGGAAGAUACGGAUCAGAUAAAACACGCAUUUGAAAUCAGUGGAACUUUGAUUGAUCGUAUCGUAGCCGUGUGCCAAGGGCCGAAUGAGGCCAACCGGUGGGUGGAGCUACUGAGUCCCAAAGCAGGAUCCGGGAGCGAACAGACGAGUGGCGGCAGUUCGGUGGACUUGAAACGCAACGUGAGCAGCUCUGCCGUCAAUAUUCCUCAACCUCCGCCUCACAUGUCACCACCUUCGAUGGCCGGAAACAGCCAUCCGUCGCGCAGCGGAACGUCCAGCAUCGUGCAGCAAAUGUCGCAACACAAACGCAGCCAAUCGUUCAAUCAUCAUCUCAGCUACAAUCAGGUUCAGCAACAGCAGCAGCAACAGUCCCAACCACAGCAACAAAAGCAACAUCAACCGAAUCCAAAUCAGUUACCUUCCCUGAACUCCCUGACCCUAAGUCGGCCAGAGGGAAAACAGGUGUCACCAAAUCAAAAAGGUUUUUUGGAAAAAGCUAACUGGAACAUCACAAACCUACGACCGGCGCCACCAUUGCGUCCUGCUUUUCUAAGCUCGGUAGCGACCAGCGGUCCUGGGGGAGGUAGUAAUAGCGCAGGAACAGGUGGUGGCCGUAGUGCAACUGCGAGUAUCACCGGGAGCAUUGGUGGAGCCGCGGCCAGUUGUGUUGGGGGUGGUAGUGGCAACGGCACUCUCAACACUAACGACAGUGUUCAGCACGGUUUGUCUUUUAGCGCGAGCUCAAAGGUUUCACCCACGUACGAGGAGGACGCGUUGGUUUUACGUGUUAUUGAGGCGUACUGCGCAGCAUACCAGAGCACCUCACGCAACACGAUGCACUCAGGUUUCGAGUACGACGACAUGACCCCGACGCUGCGUCAGCUUUUCAUUAGCGUUCGCCAGUUACAGCAGGAUAUGGCGCACGUCAAGCUACAGAUCGCUGAAGAGCGGUCCCAACGCGGCCACUUGCAGCAAGUGCUGAUGGGCCACCUGGAAACGUACGGAGCGGCAAACACCACGUGCUGAGUCAAGUUUCAGCCAGUAACACUCAACGAAGGACAAUGAUGGAUUUUUUAUUAUAGAACGUACGGAAUUCAAACUCAAGCAGUCUCUAACCAGAAAUCAUAGUUUGAUGAUGAUCACUCAUCUAACGCCUGGGUAGAAUGCUCGGGACUAACAAAAAACCUGUGCUAGUAUUUAUCAAAGAAGAGAUUGGAGAAAUUGGGUGAAAUAUAAAUAACACAUUUAUUUACAAUCUGUAGGCUAAUUAUAUUGGAACGUAACGUGAUUUUUUUUUGUUACUAUACUGUCAACUAAUUCGAGUGAAAAUGAAAACUAACGCAAGCGAUUCGACAAAUGAAAUCAAU